AGCUUUACGGGAUUCCAGAGGAGCGGAUCGGGUGAAACUAUCCCAAACUAUCGGACUAGUUUGCUGAGGGAAUCCCUGCUAGGUGGUCGGAACACUUCUGAUCGACUCAGCCGUGGGACAGGAGCGAAUAAAUGCGGUUCCUGGGCCGGUCCUGAGCCUCGGGAGAAGCCGCUGACCUGUGGAGCAAAUGUCUGAAGACCAACGGUCUCCGCUAGCCGUCGACUAGCAUCGGCUAGCUAGCUGUGCGGCUGGAGCUUUAACGGAAUAUCACCAGAUGGAAAUCUAACAUUUACACCCAGUGGAUUAUGCCUUUCUGAAAUUAUGGGGCGCUUUUCUUCAGACCUGGACUCCUGCUGCAGAGAUUUCUCCUUCCAUGUGGAUUUAUUUUAAACAUCUGGAUGUGUUUUUAUUUUUCUUCCUGGUUCCUGUUAAACAUUCACUAUGCAUGUAUGCGGGUUGGAUAUGCUCACAUUCAUAUAAACUUUAGCGUGAAUCCGUGAGAGGGAACCCAGAGAAGGAGGUCCAGGACAGUAUAGACCUCCAGAGAAACAUGGCCUCGGUGUGGAAGAGACUGCAGCGUGUGGGGAAGCAUGCCUCCAAGUUCCAGUUCGUGGCUUCCUACCAGGAGCUGAUGGUGGAGUGCACCAAGAAAUGGCAACCAGACAAACUGGUGGUGGUUUGGACUCGCAGAAGUCGGAGGAAAUCCUCUAAGUCCCACAGCUGGCAGCCUGGCAUAAAAAACCCCUACAGAGGAGUGGUGGUGUGGCCCGUUCCAGAGAACAUAGAGAUCACCGUCACUCUGUUUAAGGACCCCCAUGCAGAGGAGUUUGAGGACAAAGAGUGGACGUUUGUCAUUGAGAAUGAGUCUCCAUCGGGCCGGAGGAAGGCCUUGGCCACCAGCAGCAUAAACAUGAAGCAGUACGCUAGCCCCAUGCCCACACAGACCGACGUCAAACUCAAGUUUAAGCCGCUGUCCAAGAAGGUGGUGUCGGCCACGCUGCAGUUCUCGCUCUCAUGCAUCUUCCUCCGUGAGGGAAAGGCCACGGAUGAGGACAUGCAGAGCCUGGCCAGCCUGAUGAGCAUGAAACAGGCCGACAUCGGAAACCUGGAUGACUUUGAGGAGGAGAAUGAGGAGGACGCGGAGAACCGAGUCAACCAGGAGGAGAAGGCUGCUAAGAUCACAGAGAUAGUAAACCAGCUGAAUGCCCUCAGCUGCUUCUAUGGGGAUGAUGAUGAUGAUGAUGAUGAAGGUGUUUCCAAGCGAACACGCAAAGCAUCAGCUAAACCUGCUGCUUCCUGCCAAGAACUGAUAAACAAGCUGAACUUCCUGGAAGACGAGGAUCAGGAAAAACCUCCCACCAUGAGCAACAAUCCCUUCGAUGACCCCGAAGACGACCUUCAUCCAAACCACCUCAACCCAUUCAGUGAUUCAGAUGAAGAAGAACCUCCAGUCCAGCUGGCUUUAAGGCAGCGGGUCGAUGAUGAUUCCUUCUUCGACCACGACUCCUCGAACCCAUUCAGUGAGCUGGACGAACCAGAGACCGACGCUCCUCCGGGGAACCCUUUCGAUGAGCAGGACUCCCAGCCAGACCCAGAACCUCCGAAGCCCAGACAGAGGAAAGGAGUUCGGCCCGUUGACAUGAGCAAAUACCUGUACGCCGACGCGUCUCACACUGAGGAGGAGGAGCUGGACGAAUCCAACCCGUUCUAUGAGCCCAGAGCUUCCAGUCCUGGACCUGCUGGUGGAUCGUCUGUAGAUGUGGGCAGCAGCCAGAAGAGAAGAGCCCCUCCACCUCCAGGCAGCGGCCCCAGCCCUCCACCUCACAGACCCAGCUCUGGUCCAGACAGGGAGAGGGUCCAGCCGCUGGGGCCCAGCCCGAUGGGACCCAGCCUAGUGGGGCCUGGUUUGGUGGGGCCCGGUCCGGUGGCAGCAGUGAUGGGCAGAGAGCUGGCCUCCUCCUCCCCCAAGCCCAGCCCCGUCCCCAGCCCUGUUCUGGGAGGGAAGCCCAAUGCCAGCCAGUCCCUGCUGGCCUGGUGCCGGGAGGUCACCAAGAACUACCGCGGGGUGAAGAUCACCAACUUCACCACGUCCUGGAGGAACGGGCUGGCCUUCUGCGCUCUGCUGCACCACUUCAGACCAGACGUAAUAGACUACAAGUCGCUCAGUCCUCAGGAUAUUAAAGAAAACAACAAAAAGGCUUAUGAUGGUUUUGCCAGUCUGGGCAUCUCUCGCCUCCUGGAGCCCUCUGACAUGGUGCUGCUGGCCAUCCCUGACAAGCUGACGGUGAUGACCUACCUGUACCAGAUCCGGGCCCACUUCUCCGGCGAGGAGCUCAAUGUGGUGCAGAUCGAGGCCAACAGCAGCCGCAGCACCUACAAGGUGGGCGACUUUGAAACCGACACAAAUGCUUCCAUCGGCCAGGACAAGUUCUACGCCGAGCUGAACGACGUGCAGCACCGCCAGGUGAACGCUCAGCCUGCUGCGUCCGCCGGCGUCGAAUCUAACGGCGCCGAAGCUGCUGACGGGGAGGCGAAGGAGCCCAACUGGACGGCAGAAGUGGGAGCAGUUUCAGCCGGUCUGCCGGCAGCAGGACCUUCUCCGUCACCUCCCGUCCCGUCACCACGCUCAGUAUUAGCCGCCUCAGCAACAAACUCCACCCACAUGGCCCCGCCGGGCCCCGAGGACCGGGGGCCUCUACUCAAAGCCAACACUUUAGACCUCAGCGAGCUACCACAGAGGGUGGAGAAGGAGGAGGUGGGAGAGGACAGAGUGGAGGGAGAACCAGCGUCUCCCACCAGGAGAGGAACCUCCUCAUCUUCACCUCCUCACCAGAAACUGGGCUUCUCCUACAACAGAGACGCUGAUCUGAUCAAGAAGAAGAGGGCGAGCCUUCGUCACUCCGAGUCUGAACCCUCUUCAGAAACCAGCUCUGCUCCGGUCAACCACACAGAGAUCCCCAUCAAACAGGAACCCACACCUGCUCCUGUAUCCAGUCCUCCAGCUGAGAAGAAGGUUCUUUCCCGUCAGGAGGAGCUGAAGGAGAGAGCCAGACUCCUCCUGGAACAGGCCCGCCGAGACGCCGCCAUGAAGGCCGGAAACAAGAACGUCCUCAACUCUUCAUCCGCCGCUCCCAACAGAGCUGCAGGCGUCUGUGAUGAGCGGGAUGCAGAGCGGCGGAGGCAGCUCAGAGAACGAGCUCGGCAGCUGAUCGCUGAGGCUCGAUCCGGAGUCAAGAUGUCCGACAUGAGUCUUCUGGACGCAUCGAGCUCCGAGAGAGGAAAAGACAGCAAGGCUGGUGAUGCUGGAGGUGUUCUGGGCAGAGUCAGAAGCCGUCCUGAGGUCGAUGGUGUUGAUGGUGGAAGGGGUGAGGAUGAGGAGGAAGGGAGGGUUGAGGAAGAGCAGUUCCACUUUGAUGAUGAUGAUGAUGAUGAUGAUGAUGAUGCUCCAUCUGCUCUGGUUACUAACCCCCUGGAGGCUCUUCCAACCAUCUCCAGCUCCCAGGGACCCGUGGAGCUUACUAACCCUGGCUCUGAGCUAACCUCUCUGGGUCCAAACAGUAAGCAUAUGGAUCUGAAGCUGAAGAAGCUGGUGGUGGUCAGCCCAAGAGGAGUCACCUCCCCUUCAUCCCCAUCCUCCACCUCCUCCUCUUCCUCACCCUCCGCCUCCUCCACCUCCCCACUCAGCCCUGCAGAAGGCCUGGAGAAUAACGCUGAGGAGCUGCGAGCAGAGCGACUCCGUAGAGCCACAGAGAGGCUGAGGAGUCCUGUCGUCUUCAACAAGGACUCAGCCGUCAGGAAAACUCAGCUCAAGUCCUUCAGUCAGUACGUGGAGACCAGACCAGAGGUGAAAAGACAGAAGUCCAUCCCUGAGGACCUGAAGAAGGCUGAGGAGGACAGAGCUUCACCAACAGAGAUCGACCUUCGCAGACCGUUUGAAGAGGAGAAGGCGUUCAAAGACACCAGUCAGUAUGUGGUUGGGGAGCUGUCUGCUCUGGAGAGCGAGCAGAGGCACAUCGACGCCCGAGCAGCUCGCGUGGAGAAGAGGCUGCGCUAUCUCAUGGACACAGGCAACAACAAGGAGGAGGAGGAGGCCAUGAUGCAGGAGUGGUUCAUGCUGGUCAACAAGAAGAACGCCCUGAUCAGGAGACAGAACCAGCUCUCUCUGCUGGAGAAAGAACACGAUCUGGAGAGACGCUUCGAGCUGUUGAACCGGGAGCUGAGAGCCAUGCUGGCCAUCGAGGACUGGCAGAAGACCGAAGCCCAGAAGAGACGAGAGCAGCUGCUGCUGGAUGAACUGGUCAUACUGGUGAACAAGAGGGACGCACUGGUCAGGGACCUGGAUGCUCAGGAGAAGCAGGCCGAGGAGGAGGACGAGCACCUGGAGAGGACGCUGGAGCAAAACAAAGGCAAGAUGGCCAAGAAGGAGGAGAAGUGUGUCCUGCAAUGAUUGUCAGAAAACAACCAACGGAUGUAGCCGAUGAAAGAAAUGUACCAUCAUCAUCAUCAUCAUCAUCAUUAUUAUUAUUAUUAUUACUGAUAUUAUUAUUAUUUGAUAGUUGCUUUUAGACCUUUCUAUCAGCUCCUGGUUGGAAUCCGGAUGUUUCGGUGACAUUAAACCUCAGAGACUCGACCUCUGCACCGACUUUCUACUAAAAUCCUGUAUUUUUCUUUUCCUGAUGGAGAACGGUACCUGAGUGGAACCCGUCAGAGCCUGGAGCAGCCGGUUACAUAUUUGAGAGGUACAGAACAAACCGGCUGCAACGGGAGGAUCUGACUUUUAUUCCACUGAAGACGAAGCGUUUGGACUUUUUAAAGAAGAAAAAAAAAAAGAGUGAGAUCUGUCUUCUGGAGCUUCUUCGUUACUGGACUGUACCUUUGAAUUAUUUCUCUUUUUACUUGUAAAAUAUCUUAACUGGGGAACCGUUCAUAAAUCUCAUAACUUUCUAUCUUUUUGUUUUUGAAUUGUCUUGGCUUGAAAGCAGUUUACCAAAAGAAACAUGUUUUAAAAAUCUAAAACCUCUUGUUGUAAAUUUCAUCUCUGCUCUGAACACUUUCCAAAACCUGUUUUAUUUUUUUGUUGUAGUCAGAAACAACAGAUUUAUAUAUUAUUUAUUGCGUUUGGAAGUGAAUCUACAUCACAUUUCAUUUAUGAGCUUUUUUUUUUCCUCAAAAAACUACUUUUUUUAGUUUCUAUUUAUUGUAUUCAGAAGAAGAGAAAUCUGCUUCCACGUGCAUCUCAGAGCUCCACAUCUGGUGCAGCUGUUCUUUAUGUGUGAACAUUUAUCUGAUUAUUUAUUCCAGUGUCAUAACCCAGUCUUCAGUAAUAAAGUCCUUCUGGUUUCAUACUCCACGGA